AAGAAGGUUGCAGUGCAUACAGUAAUUAAUUAUUGUGCCAAGUAUUGAUUCAAGUGGUCAUCAAGCAGUCCCUGAAGCUUUCAUCAUGGCGAAUAGGGGCGGCAACCCACCUAUAAUCGACGAUCAAAACAUGAAGCUUGAGUUCUGCUCGGUCGCCACGAUGGUGCACGACCAGCAGAUCGUGAUAACUCUGAAGCUCGUGCCGUGCGACUACGAAUCGCGCGUGUCUCUCACGCGCAACGUGUCUGCCGUGCACCGCCUGUGCAGGGAUGAGUUCACCAAGGCGGGUCUGCCGCAGGGCAUCAGGUACAACGUGUUCGUGUACUCCUUGAUGCAGCCCUUCGUGCAGAUAAUCUUGAGCACGAAUUUGCCGGACUUUGCCAGGAGCGAGAACGUCAUGUACGCAAGGGGGUUCCACCAGCUGAGCAGGCGCUGUGAGGAGAAUGUGGUGGCGCAGCUAUAUGAAACGCAGCGCGUGCGUCGCGACGUAGCUGAAUAUAUGUCAGGUACAGGAGCCCCACUUUGCAUUGAAAUGUUGCUUGCCAUGUUACAGGAUACCAUUAACCCACCUGGGCCAUCCGCUGAUGUAAAUGGAGGUCUGGGUGCCAUGAAUGCUGUUUAUAACCCAGUCCGACUUAAUCAACCUGGCGGAAGUCAGCGUAGGAAAAAUGGUAGAAUUCAUAUUAACUUGCCCAGGAUCGAUAGUCAUCCAGCGAUCAACGUAUACCACCGUGGCCCUUUGACCACGUUGUACAGGUCGCCGACUAGCGGCGUGUGUAUGAAGCGAAACCUCCUGCUGUUCAGGGUGGGGGACUUCGACAACAGCCAAUAUCGUAACACAAUCACUUCGUUCAUCAGCGAGGGCCUCAGAUACAGGGUCUUGCUAAGCAGACAUUAUCACGUCGAGCAAUUCUUUGCUGAUAUUAUGCUUCUGCACAAAACUUGUGCUAGAAACUCCGUGAACACUGUUUUGAUGUUCACACGCUUAAAUUAUAGAGAAGAUGGAUUCAGGGAAAUCUUAAACCAUGCUCUGGCUAAUGAUAUUGUAGCCAAUCUGACCAGUGCUCGUGAUGUGCACCAAAUAAUUGCUGAAUUCACGAACAGGCGUGUCCCUCCGCCUGGAAAGCCGCUAUAUGACAUUAAGGCUGAAUAUUUUUUGGCUGCGAGGCGCCAGGACACGGUGAUCGUUGUAUGCAUUGAUCCUAGGAAAUAUUCACUAUUCAACCCAGACAAUCUAGAGGAAUAUUACAAUUAACUACGAGUGUUUUCCCUACUUUUUCUUGUAAUUAGUACCUACCUUAGCUUAUGUUUAGUUUAUUUUUUUUAUAUCUCCUUCUUUUAAAAUUCAAUACCGUCGAUUGGGGUUUCUUGCAUUAUCAUUGUGUGCCUUGGCCUAUAAACGUACUAGUUUCGAAAUUGAAGCCGCAUUUGAAAUCAACACCACUUUGUCAAAGAAUAAUACUUUACCGUACAAGAUGUUCUUUACAAAAACGUAUUAUUGAUAAUGGGAUAACCUUAAUCCAACUUGCCACCAUCAAAAAUAUGAUAAAAAUUUAAGUUUCGCUAAGCUCAAAACCAAAAGAGCUUGAAGUUUUCGAAUAUACCUACCUACCUAUUUAUAAGAAACUGGUAACCGCCAUUUGAAAAUGACAGGGUUGUCGAGCAGUAAGAUUUCGAAUGUAAAAGUACGUACUAAAAUUCUUUAAAAUGUUUUUCAUUUUUAUUUUAUCAACUUAACAAACCAAAUGUAUUAUUUUAAGUAGUCUCUCUUAAGCGUUCAUUUGAAGCACUGAAACAACUGCUCAAGUAUUGAAUAAAAACCUAUGUCGCUGGUGUAUGUUGAGUCCAAUACAUUUUUUAGAGCUUCGUUGGAUCUGCGUUUACUCAAAAUAUCAUCAUCAAAAAGAGUGUCUAUAACAGCUAAGACAAGAAUAUUACCAAUCCUAAAGUACUCUUUGGGAAUAUCGAUAAAACAAUAUUUUUGUGCCAAAACCUUCUGAGCUGUUUUCCAGCUCCAUCAUAAAAUUAAAUACUUAAAAGUAAAUUCACACACAUAUCCACAAACAAAAGUGGACUUGUGAACUGCUCAUAAUUUUAGCUGAUGAUAUUUGUUAGUUUAGUUCUUUCUACCUUUUGAGCUGUUUCUAGCUCCAUCAUAAAAUUACUUAUGGGGUAAAUUCACACACAGAUCUACAAAGAAAAAUAUUGUGGACUGUAUAUAAUUAAAAGAAUCUGCUCAUAAUUUUAGCUGAUGAAAUAAUCUUCUAUUUUCGAUCUGGCACUCUAUUCGUCCGUCCCCUUAGUUUUAGCAUUCAACUCAUAAUGUAAAAUUUUUGCGCUACUAAUUACAAUAGGAAGUUUCUGAUCAUUAUUGGUGUAAUAGAAUUUUGAUCAUCGUAAUUUCUCGUAGCAGAUUUCAGAUCUUUGUUUUAUUUAUCUAUUUUUCUAUGAUCUGUAACCAAAAUAUCUUGGGACUAUAAUGUAGAAAUAGAGCAUCUGUAACUAUAACAAACAAAAUUAACGUACGACUGAUUUUUGAUGUGUAUACUUCUUACAUUACUUACUUACAAUUAUAUUGUCAAUGUAGGCUAAGUGACUUGUAAUUUCAUAUACGGUGUUACUUUACAUUCUUCCCAUAUUUACAGAGGUAACUAUUAUUUACUUUAUUGCUGACACAACACAAAUCUGUAAAAAAGUAUGCCCACAAAUUUUUAAUCUUGAGUAUUUUAUUUUAUCGACAAUCUGUUAAACACAGCACUAAUUAUCGUAACAU